AAGAGUUCAGCCACGCAUGGGUCAACUGGACAUCGAUUUCAACAAAUUAUACGACGCAUUUUUCAAAAACCAGACGAAGCCGGACCUCCUGCGCUAUGGAGAAGUCUAUUUUGAAGGUCUGGAGAGCAUCGAACUCCUUGGUCCAUUCAAAGUCAGCAAAUACCGUCCUGGUGUGAUGAGUGCUCGGCUCCGUGAAGCUCUGGGCAUGGUUGGACCUAAAUCGAGAUUGCCCCCAUGGUAUGAGAAAUUUCAAAAGCUUGGACCGCCGCCAGCCUAUCCUUAUAUGCGUAUCAACUCAGACGGGACGGUCUCUUUUGACAACGACCAAAGAACUGUGGUAAACAGAGCAGAGCCUGUGGAUCGCACCAGGUGGGGUGAAUUGGAAGAAAUAUAUGAAAGUGAGAGCGAGGAGGAAGCAGAUCAAAGGGAAGAGGAGGAAGACAAAGAAGAGCGCACCUCACGAACUGAAGCAGAGUCGGAUUCAAAGUACGUCGCUUCUACAGGAGAUGUGUUCAUUAAUAGUCUUGAAGCUAAAAGUGUUCCAUUAAGCAGCCCUCAAACACAGCAGAGUGCCAACGAAAAUGAGGAUGGGCGCCCUAAGAAGCUCUACACAGUUUUGAGGGAGAAAAAGGGCGGGCAGCACGAGAGCAUCUAUGGCUCUGAGACUCUCGCAUACGAUCUGAAACGCACCGGAGACGAGGAGUCUGUGCAACCUCCGAAGAAGCGCAAGGAACUACACACUCACGAAAAAAAGGAAGAAAAAUUCAGAUUUUGACUCCAGUGUAUAAUAGAUAGUCGG